CAUCGCACUACCGUCACUUUACAUACCCUGACCUGAGCCCUUUCGACAGACUUGUCAUCGAAUAGUCUGCAACCUCGUUUUACACCAUGACUCUCGCUGAGGAACUCCGCUCGAGAAACUUCAGUAUCUACGGACAAUGGACGGGCGUGAUAUGCAUCGUCUUGUGCCUGGCUCUCGGUAUCGCCAACAUCUUUUCGUUCGAUGCCGUGAUCAUUAUCUUCAGUGUCCUAUGCCUAAUCUCGGGCUUAAUCCUCAUCUUUGCUGAAGUGCCAUUCCUUCUAAGAAUCUGCCCUACGUCCCCCAAGUUCGAUGACUUUAUCCGAAAAUUCACGACGAACUGGAUGCGCGCUGCAAUGUACGCCGUGAUGAGUGUUGUGCAAUGGCUCAGCCUUAUCAAGUCCGCCACUAGUUUGAUUGCCGCCGCUGUAUUCCUGCUCCUCGCUGCUCUGUUCUACGCGCUGGCGGGUCUGAAGAGCCAAGAAUUCGUUGGUAGCAAGACUUUGGGUGGACAAGGACUUGCGCAGAUGAUCGUUUAAGGCUGUUGAACUAAUAUAUGAGCGACGAGGCUCAAGGCGAUAAAAGAAAACAAGAAAGAGACGGAAAGAGCCAUCUCUGCGCUGGAUGCGCCAUGAUUAUGAACCGACUUUGCUGUUCUUGACGCUGCCGAGCAGAUUCUUGUACUCGUAUAGCAUGCUGUUUUGAGGGAAUGAGGUCCGCUAGGAUUUGAGCUGCUGACGCGUUUGUUAUUGUGUUUUUAUUUGUUUCAUUCUUUGUGCCGUAUUAUCCGUCCCGCUUUUGCACUUUCUGAGGCUUGCUCAAAACUGUCGCAAUGAGGUUUAGAUGAAUCAUGUAAUAUUUACCAUUUCAUACCAGCGAAUACCCUGUUAGCAUCCUGGAGAUGAAUGAACUGGACCGUUUGCAUAAG